ACAUAACAAACUGGAAUAGAUAUAUACAAUAUCUGCAAAUGUAAAUAUACAAGGAAUUAUCAAGAUAAGCCAGCAUGUGCAGUGCUUGCAAUAUAGCUCUUGCCGUAGGGACGGUCAUUACCCUAGGUAUAUUCACAAAAAUGACCAUGUUACACGCAUAUGGAGAAUCCAUACUCACUUUUCCACAUGUAUUAUUCCACAAAUUUGGCCUUGGACGAGAUGUCGCAGGAUUCAUCUUUGCAGGAAGUUGUAUCGCAUUGGCGUCUAGUCACGUUAUCGGUAUAAUAAAUGAACUAGGCGGCCAUAAGAAGGCUGUAUCUAUCUUCAUGGACUUAUUAAGUUUCAAUGUUGCCGAAAAGGGCGGUGUUGUGACGCAAGGAUUCUUAUCGAUACUAACUGCUAUCUUAUGGUUGUUCAUUCUCCACUUCUACACAACACAAAGAAGAUCGCAUGAAAAGGUGCUUGGAGAACAGAAAACAAAUGAAUGCAAAUUCAUUAAAGAAAACUGCAUGAAGUUCAGAAAGGACUUUGAAUAAUAUUAUAGCAUAUUAAACAU